UUGGGGCCUGGCCUGCUCUGCAAGAGCAGAGACCCUGGGAACAUGAUGUGUAGGCAUGGGUGCACCAGCACCAGUGUGCACUCAGUGACCACAAUGCAUUCAGCCCAAACCGAGCUGGAGUGGUGGCCGGGGAGCAGCUCAGGCCUGGUCUGUGCAGCCUGGGCUGAUUGUGCAAAACUACCUAUGUGUCCACACGCUGUUUUCCCAGCCCACCAGGUUGGAUUCUUCCAUGGACCACCACCAACUAGGAGUCCAGUGUCGUGCCAUCACCGGAGUGCUGAGAUGAGUGUGGUGGUCUCUGCGGAAGAAAAGAGUUCUCAUGCAUGGAUGUAAAUAAUUUGUGGGCUGCUUUCAUGCUUAUUAACACAUGUUAUUUGACAUCAUUUCAACGGGGAAGCUAUUUGGCUUCUGAAGGCUCAGUUGGGACUCCCUGUGAGAUCAGUUCUUGGCUGGAGCUGGCAGCAGCUUGGGGUUUAUUCUCCCAGUGGGCAACAUCUGGUGAUCUGCAAGGCCAUCUCUGCUAGAAAUGGAUAACUUCACAAAUGAUCAGUCAGGCCCAUGUCAGAGGAACAGGUUGGUAGGACUGCUAGAAACAGAUGACACUAUCCAGGAGGAUAAGCCUGCAUCUAGUACAAAGGAAGAAAGAUCAGGACAAUAUGGAAAGAAGGGAGAGCCCCGGCCCUUGGAGUCACCUUACCAGAAGGAAAGCAGUGACUACUCUCCUAAAGUCAUGAUUAAUCUGAACUAUCGGCCAGGACUUGUGAGCAACCAAAAGGACCCCAAUCGCUUUGACAGAGACAGGCUCUUCAGUGCAGUCUCCAGGGGCAGCCCCGAGGCACUGGAUGGCUUACUUGAGUACUUAAGGAGGACCUCAAAAUUUCUCACCAAUUCUGAAUACACAGAUGCAAAGACUGGGAAGACUUGCUUAAUGAAAGCCCUGAUGAAUUUGAAAAAUGGAAGGAAUGACACAAUCCCUCUUUUGCUGGAAAUAGAUCAGAAGACACAGAAUCCCAGGCCGCUUGUCAACGUGGCAUGCUCUGACUGUUACUACAGAGGCCAGACUGCACUCCAUAUUGCCAUAGAGAGAAGGAGCCUGGACAUAGUGAAAGUUCUAGUGGAGAAUGGAGCUGACGUCCAUGCCAGAGCUCAUGGUGAAUUCUUCAGGAAGAAGAACGAGGGAGUUUGCUUUUAUUUUGGUGAACUUCCCCUCUCUUUGGCUGCCUGUACCAACCAGUUUGAGGUUGUAGAAUAUCUUCUAAACAACCCCCACCAAAAAGCCAGACUCCAGGAGCAAGAUACACAGGGAAACACAGUCCUCCAUGCCCUGGUGAUGAUUGCAGAUGACACUGAGGAGAACACCAAGUUUGUGAGCACAGUAUAUGUUGAAAUCCUGAAGGCAGGUGUGAAGACUGACCCAACAGUGAAACUGGAGGAGAUUGUGAAUUAUGACGGAUUAAAUCCCUUGCAACUUGCUGCCAAGACAGGCAAAGUGGAGAUCUUCAAACACAUCAUCCAAAGAGAGAUCAAAGACCCAGUGUACAGGCACCUGUCCCGCAAGUUCACCGAAUGGACCUAUGGACCUAUCCACGUCUCCCUCUAUGACUUGUCUUCUCUAGACAGCUUUGAGGAAAACUCUGUGCUGGAGAUUCUGGCAUACAGCAGUGACACACCAAAUCGGUACAAAAUGGUGGUUUUGGAGCCACUGAACAAAUUGCUUCAGCAGAAGUGGGAAACAUUUGCUUCCAAGAGAUUCUACUUCAGUUUUAUCUCAUACUUGUCAUUCAUGAUCAUCUUUACAGCCAUUGCCUACUAUCAGCCCUUAAGGGUAAAGCCUUCAUUUCCAGUGGAGUUCACAGCUGGAGGCUUCCUGUGGGUCUCUGGCCUGAUCAUUAUUUUGCUUGGAGGUGUAUACCUAAUUUUUGCUCAGAGUCUGUAUCUGCGGAGGAGACGCCAGUCCCUGAAGACUAUGUGUUCUGACAGCUGUGUUGAGAUCUUGAUCUUCAUCCAGGCUUUCUCAUUGCUGUUGUCAGCAGUCCUGUAUGGCGCAAGUUCAGAAAACUAUGUGGCAGUGAUGGUGUUCUCCCUGCUUCUGGGAUGGGUGAACAUGCUGUAUUACACUCGGGGCUUUCAGCGCAUCGGCAUUUACAGUGUCAUGAUACAGAAGACUAUCCUGAGAGAUCUGUUGCGUUUCCUCUUGGUUUAUAUUAUCUUCCUCUUUGGCUUUGCUGCAGCUCUGGUUACGCUGAUGGGGGACGCUCCUUCACUCUCUCAGAACAAGUCUGUUGCUCAGAUGGAGAGUGCUGGGAGCCAUGCUAUGUAUGGUGGGCUGCUCAGUGUCUCCCUGGAGCUCUUCAAGAUCACCAUUGGGAUGGGUGACCUGGAUUUUCACGAACAUGCCAGAUUCAGAUACUUUGUCAUGCUUCUGCUGCUGCUUUUUGUGAUCCUCACUUACAUCCUAUUGCUCAACAUGCUGAUUGCACUCAUGAGUGAGACUGUCACUGAUAUUUCUGGUUACAGCAAAAGUGUUUGGAAGCUGCAGAGGGCUAUUGCUAUCCUAGAAAUAGAGAAGGCCUGGCUGUGGCGCCAAGGAGGAAAGAGGAGAUCUGGCUGCUUGAUGUCAGUGGGCCUCAAUAAAAAAGAUGAGAGGUGGUGCUUCAGAGUAGAGGAAAUAAAAUGGACAAGUUGGGCAAAGGAAGUGGGAGUUCUCAAGCAAGAGCCUGGAAACACCAAUGAUUUGGAAAUAAAUCCGGAAGAGACGAGGUCACGGAAACAGGUGCCACAGAAACAACUGAGAUCAGCUGUUUCAGAGGAGCAGUCACUGCUGCAGCCCCAGCUAUCAGCAACUGAGAUGAUGCCUCUAAAGGGACAAACCAGAAAUCUUUAGCGGGUUCUCUUGUUUGCAACCUUGCUUCCAUCUUCAAAGGAGUAGUUCUUCCUAUAGCAGCUGGAAGAAUCGAAGGCAUUAUCAGUGUUAAAGUGCAUUUCAUCAAUGACUGUGGUUCACCCUGUGACAUUAAAUGUUUUCAUGCACUUUAAUUAUAAAUUUUCCUCUGAAGGAACUGUUUUUUUCCUCAAGCUUUUCUGACUGACACUUUCCUAUUACCAUGUUUAAAGGUGCAAGAGCAAGAUCUUAGGGGCAGUGGGGAGUAGUCUUUGGAAGGCAGUGCUUUCUGAGCUGCAUAGAAAUAAUGUUGUUUGCCAUAGAGAAGCAAAGAAUGGAGUUCACCUAUCUAAGAAUGGGUUAACUUAUUUUUUGUCACAACACAACAACCUGCACUGAAGAGCUUUGGAAUGCAGAGUAUUUUAGAGGCAUAAAAAAUUGUCAAUGAUGUGUAAAACACUGCUGUUGUGAGAUGUGAGUGGACAAAUAUUCAGGUUUCAGUCAUCGUGAGCCAUGCUAAGUCUUUGUCUCAGUACCUGCAGUGCUGGGAUCACACCAGAAUUCCCAUUUCAUAUGAUAGUAAUGAAAUCAUUUGCACAAUGUGCACAUUUGCUUAAGAGCACAAAAGUGAUGUGAGUUUUCUGGAACUGUAACUUCACUAGGUGAAUUUCUGAAGCAUCUGUCUUUUAGAGAUUGCAUUGCUUCUGUAGAAAGCAGCAGCAGAAUUUUACACAGUGCUUCUGAGAGAUAGAUGGUCCCAAGUGCUUCAUGUGGUCAACGUCUCCUGUCAGCCUUAGUGAGCUCCUUAUCUUUCUGUAACUGACUACGAGAACCUCAUUGCUUUUUUGUAUUGUGCACACUGCCUCAGGGUGGGAAAUGUCUUAAGCUCUGAAGAGGAGGAAAAAAUGAGCUAUCUCACUUUUAGCCUACAUUUAAAAAUAAUAAUGUACUAUUCUGCAAACUAUAAAUACAGCAAGUUUACUUAAUUGAAAGUGCUGAUUCUUGGAUGUAUUUUCAGAACAUCAACCUCUCUCAGAAAGAGUUGAAGAUGUGAUCAGUGUGGACUCCAAGGUGUAAUCAAAUUUCUGAUUACAUUUCACCCAGUACUGUGCUGACCUCAUUGCCAUGCAAGUUAUCUCUUGUUUUUCAUGACCUCUUAUUAGCCACGUCUGAACCUGUUGCUUUGGAUACAUCUUUCAUAGAAGGAAAUAUUAGUGAAAAACCUGCAGUCUACAAAUGAUACCUUUCUUUCAGUAAGAUAAACUGUAACUCAAGAUCUCCUAUCUCUUGUUUCUACUUUGAGCAAGUGAAUCUAGAAGACUUGUCUUUUGGAUACAACCAUUUUAAUCCUGUUGCUUAUUUACAUCUGUGUGACUGGCAGCAGAAGUACUACUUUUAUAACCUGCUCAAAUCAGAUUAUUCUCCUGUGCUGGAUGAUUCCCUCUGCAUCCUCACUGUUUUGGGUCUCUGAAUUGUAACUAACUUUUCUCACUUCAGCUUCUGAUGUUUUCUUGCUUUGUAAAACCUUCAGCUGCUUUUUCCAUCUAUGGCUUUGUCCUAAGUGUUCCCAAGAUUUGGCAAAGUGCUCAUAUUGCACAAAGGGAUCAUCUGACAUGGUAAUCUAUUGCUGUGCAUGGUGCUUUGCUGUAACAGGGACACUUUGAGAUUCUCAAGAAGGGCAGAAUCAGAUAUGCUGUCUGUUCCUGGAGUCUUAAUAAACAACGAAAGAAAAA